CAUUCGGACACCAGAUGCGGCGGCAAAACGUUUUCCGGGACAAUCCAGACUCUGACCAGAGCAUUUCCGAAGAUGAAGAUCUCGACGCUGAUUUUCCUGAAAAUUGUGUAUAUCGGCAGUCGGAUAUAAAGCGUUUCGGCUCACCGAUCAAUUUUGCACUGGAUAAAUGUUGUCCUUACACGUUCGAUGUGAAUUCCUUUUAAUGCCCUAUGAUCAAAAUGUAACUAUAAUUUUAUACUUUGGUAGGAAGAAUUGCAACUUCCAUUACGGCUGGAGAUACUGAAAGGUGCCCAUCGUGCCCUUGAAUUGGAUGGUGGAAGGAAAACUAGCCAUUUAUCUGACAAGAAGGAAACAAAUGUCUCUCAAGAAGAUGAUGUUGAAAUGCCUCAGUUCCAUAAUGAGGAAAAGAUCUCUGAUGAUGAGGAAAACAUCGUGCCUUUAAAAAUUUCUGCUACCUCUGGCACUAAAAAGUGGCAUGAAGAUGAUAACCACAGCUUUGGAAGUGGGAAGCAAGAUGAGGCACAUACAUGGUCCAAUAUAAGCAAAGAAGCUGACGCACUAAUAUGGUUGAAUAAGAAUGCUCCAGGUUCAUCAUCCCAUUAUGCCUACCCCAUUGCAAACAAACCCCAAAAAGGCAUGAGAUGCAAGGCUAAGCGAAAAUUCUCAUUCCGGUUCCAGUCACGUGAGGGAGGACUCUCUUGUCCCUGUAUCUCUAAUGAUGAAAAAUAUGUGUCACUCAAGGAUCAUGAAGCAUCCGAAAGAUUGGAAACAAUUGAGCCUAGAUCUGAAGAACAUUCAAUUGCUGGGGUUCUUGAAGAUUAUCAAAGAGAGAACGAAAUUCAGUCAGAGGUUGUGUGCGCUGAAGUAGGAGCUCUUGGGCAUGGAGGCAUUGAGCAAUCAAUGGCUGAUCUUUUAGAUGGCCUUCAGGGUAGGGCUGUUGUGCUGAAAGGAGUUUCGGCAAAGCAGUAUAGUAAUGCGAGAGGUAAAGAGGUACAGAUUGUUACAAGGAGAAAUCUCUCUUCACUGGGAGAUAUAACUGUUGAUAGUGAGGACUCCCCUGAAUCCAUGGAUAGUGGAUCAUCUAGUGAGGACAAGGCUAGAGAUCAAAAACUUGAGGUUAAUAUCCCAGAUAUGAAAGGGCAAACUAUGACAGACCGGUUUCAAGCAGCUUUAGGUGCUGCUUUUUUAAAUGAGGAAGGGGCCCUUGUUGCAGUGCCUAAACCAUCAGGAAUUGGCUUGUUUGGGAAGUUGCAGCAGCUCAUGCAGAGUGAAAAAGAAAGAGAUAUGAUUUUCUUGAAGAAGUUGCAGACUGGAUCUAGCACAAAUGAUGAAGCAAACUGCAUUGUUGUUAAGAUCCUUGCAAGAUGCUUGGAUGCAAAGAUGACGGUUUGCCAAUGCUCUUUUGUCAAUAACAUGGAGGGCCCCAUGCAGUCUGGGAGCCCUCGAACAAUGGUAAAUGGAGGAAGGAAAACAACAAUUAUUUUUCAUCCUAGGGUUAGUGGUGAUGUUGACCUUGAAGUUGGGAACUUGAUUCGCAUUCACCCCCCAUGGAGGGAGGUUCAAGUGGGAAAUGAUGAGAGUAUUAUUCUCUCCACAUAUUUCUCCCAAGUUCUAAUUUGACCGUGUAAAGUAUGCCAGAAGUAGAUGUAUGAUAAGGAUAAAGUGCCAUAUUCAGUUGCAUCUGGAGUCUGUGUGUUCAGCCACCAAACUCUGUUUCCAUUGGCAUAGGCAAGAGACAUGGUUGCACAA